AUGGACCUUCCAUCCGAGGUGGUGGAGCAGCUGGGGGACAUUGAGGAGUCGCUGGACACGCUCUCCGGCUUCCUUCAGCCAUUUCUAGACGCGACACCGCGCGAUUUAGAAGACGCGAUGCCGCCGCUGGAGCGCGCGCGCGCGCAUGUGACGCUCGCUCGGGCCGCGGUGCUGCUGGCGCGGCUGCGGCUGCGGCUGCGGGGGGAGGCCCUGGAGGAGGGACACCUGCUGCGCAAGGAGCAGGAGCGGCUGCACCGCUACGGCAACAAGCUGCGGCGCGCCGCCAACGAGGACGAGCUCGCGCGGUCGCGGCCCGGCACGGAGCUCAAUGUGGCGGCAGCGAACCGCUUCAUAUCCCAGGCCAUCCCGGACCUGACGCCGGAGCAGCGGCGGAGGCUGCGCGAGCAGAACGCGGCGGGCCGCGGGGACGGGGAAGCGGCGGCGGGGGCGGGGCGCGGCGGCGGGCGCGGCGGGCGCGGCGGCAGCAAGCGGGCGAGGGGUGAAGAGGCGGCAGCGGCGGCGGGCGUCGGCGGCACAGGGAUGGGCUCGGACUUGGAAGAAAUCUUGGCUGCGGCGGUGGAUGGUGGCACUUAG